AUGGCAGCGGGGGACGCGCACAUGGAGGAGCUACUGGACCAGGGUCUGGGGAUGGAGGAGAGCGGACACGACCUGCUGAGGAGGCCCUCGCUGAAGGAGAGCUACCACAGUGACUCUCUGCUGGCACCUGACACCGACUUCAUGAUAGGUAGAGACACAAAUGCACAAGCUGUAUUAUGCAUUUUUAGUGAACAAAGUGCAUCUAAAAGGAAGCAGGAUUUUCUGUAUUUGAUCUUUUACUGUUUGUGCAAAUAUGCAUAUGCUGCAACAUAUUUUGAUCUGUCUUAUUACAUAGAAAAGCACUAGUAUAGAAGGUUUAAUGCAACAGAAACACCUUCAAUGCUUAAAUAAGGAUAUUUAGAAGAUUUUAAAUCCUCUAUACGGACUUUAAAACCUGUUGAAUGACCUUUAAACACAGAUAUUAAAAAGCAAAUCUUAAUUUUCCUGACUUUUGCACUCCAGCAUAUCUCAAACAUUACUCCUCACAUGCCUCACCGUCAAACCGUGGGUGCGCUGGAAUGUGCCUCAGCUGAGCAGAUUUAGGGAAAUGCCCUGUCCCCUCAGGGAUAUUAGUAUCGGUGGACUAAUAUGUGGAGGAUUGCCUGUGCACACGUGGCCCGUGUGCGUCGGCAUGCAGGCUGCAGAUAUGAGCGGACAGAUGCUGUUCCUUCAUUCAAGAAACGCCAUCUGCAAGCAGAGAUUAAACACUCCGCUGCUGCUCUGUGUCUUAAUGUGUUUUCAUUUUCGAAGAUGCAUAACAAGCAUAUGAAUUCUGAAACUGUUCGUGCAGUCGUAGCUAUGCGUGCGUGUGUGAACCUGUUUGUGUGUGUGUGUGUGUGUGAGUCAGAGGAGCAGAGAUAGACUCAGUGUACGUGGUCUGUGUGUUUACAUUUGCAUGAAAGGCGUCCGGGGAGCCUGCCUGUUCUUUGUAUAGCUGAGUUAGAGCAGAGAUUGAGCUUUGGGCUGCUAAUUCCCUUUUACAGCACUGGGAUUAUGUGCUAUUCUAAUCCCAAUCCCAUAUGGGGUGUGUAGAGGUGGCACGAGGGUGGUGUCACGGCCAGGACAAGAGGAGAGACAGAAAAACCGCAGUCCUACACAGAGUUACAACCCUCCACGAGAGACAGAUUACUGCAGGCUGGGAGCUCGAAUGAUUAUGCUGAAAGUGUUCGCCCACAGCAGAUCAGCUCUGUCAGGAGGAAAAUCUUAGAUCUCAAAUGAUUUACAUCCACCAGAGAACUGAGAGAAAAAUCUGUUCAUGUUAUCCAGCUUUUAAACAAUGGAUACAAGCAUUUACAGCGGCUUUAAAGGUUCAUAGACACCGAACUGUGGACUAAACCUUACAUCAGGAUCAUUUCACUGUCCUUUCAGUCAGUCAACUCAUGUUGAUGCUGCAAACUAUAAAUUCUUGCUCCAACAUUGUUUUUGCUGCCCAGACUUACAUGCAAGAAAUCACCACAUCAGGAGGAUUUGUUUGUCUGAUUUUGAGAAUGGUGCAUGUCAAGUGUGAAAUCAGUGCGGCACGAGUCGCCUGCCUGGACUAGCUCACAAGCUUAUAGGUUGAUUUUGAACUGUAUAAUAUUUAGAUAUCAAUCCAAGUCAAUUAAAGGGAUAUUCUGGCGUAAAAUUAAUUGAGGGUCAAACACACCAUAACACAGAGUUAGACACCCUUUGAGAGAUGAAUGUUGCUGACCGCUUGCUUCUCUAGUUGCAAAUGUUCUUCCUUGAGCUGCGUCACCCCGCAGCAGUCCGUCAUGGACUGGCCUGGGGUCUCACUACAAACAUGCGGCUGCUGGAAGAGAGUAGGUGAGUUGUGUUUAGUCCCUUUGCUAAAGAAAUUAGGCAAAGUUAAAAAGAUGUUUGGUGGCUAGUACUAUGGCUGGGACCCUAUAUGUACUGUUGAUGAAGUUAGGUGCUGUUUUGAGCAUUAUUUGUGGCUAUAGAGUGGCGUUUUGGUUGAGGUUUGUUUAUGACUCCUCAGACCGCUGUGUAUUGCUAUUGUGCGUUAGGCAACAGUCAUCUCUUGAGGGGGUGUCUAACUCGACCCUAAAUUAGUUUUACACCAGAAUAUCCCCUUAAAGGAGUUGAUAAAACUGGAUAUUUCAACCAUGAAUUUAUGACCUUAUUGACCUUAUGACCAUGACCAUGACCUUAUUCAUGUCUGCUACAGUGUUUCUGCCACAAUCAUCUUUGAGAGCUUACUUUAUGAACUAAUGUCAUUUCAAUCCAAACAAAAGACACGUGAAAAAAAACACCAGGAGAGGAAGGAUUCACGGAUAACAGAUCAUGGGGAACAGACUGACAUGAACACACAUCAACAUACAAUGAACGAACAAACAAAGAAAGGGGAAGACAGGGACUAUAUAUGUACACACAGGGAAACGAGCAACGAGAGGCAGGUGAGACACUGAGACACAGGUGUAGACAAUUACAGAGGAGGGAAAACUCAGGAAGUAAAACAAGACUAGAAACACAGGGAAUAAACAACUACAAAAUGAAACAGGACACUGAAACUGAUCUGAAGAAUAAAACACUGAGAACGGGAGGGAAACACAAACUGAAAAAUCACAAGACUGGGCAACAGGGGGACAGGAACAAUGGGGAACAGAAACACAGAAACAAGAAAAUACACUCAGACAAAAAAACUGGGAAAAACUAAAUCAGCAGAACAUCAUGACAGUUUAGUUCAUCGUUCAUCAGAAGUUGACAUGUGGUUAGCGAUCUGUCUCAACAACUUACCCACUACCCUUCUUUUGAGUGAAUCGUAUAGUUAGGCCUAUUAGCCUGCUUAAGACUAGCUGUAUGAACUGUGUAGCUAAACCUAUUGGCCUACUCUUUGUUAACCCUUUGAACUUUUCAAUUUGUCUAUUUUUAGCUAACUAUUUCUGCCGUUUUCCUAGCAUAUAUCAAAAUAUCACACGCCAAAAACAAGGACCUAAUUGGUUUUAAUGAGUAAAAUUGUCAGACAAUGAAGGAAAAAAUUCUCUUGAUAAGUUUCUUAAAGGACAUGUUGAAUCCUCAUUUAAAGUUGUUUGACAUUUAGGGAAUAGACUAAAUUUAAACAGGUGUUUUUCAUAAUAUCCAAAAGCAAACAAAACCAUCAGCAACAUGACCGAUGAUUUUCAUAUCCUAAUUUUGAAUGCCUGGAACAAGUGUGAGGGGGUAGCUAUUUUUUUUUUAGCAGCUGAAAGAACAGCCUUGUUUAGAAAUUUCCUGUUAAAAUACUGAUAAAUUUUGACAGCUAAAAGUCAGCAGAAAGAUAUUUUUUAGUCUGUAAACACAGCUUAAGUCAGCGGUUCUCAAGUCCAGUCCUCGAGCCCCCCCCCGUCCUGCAUUUUUGGAUGUUUCCCUGCUCCAACACACCUGAUUCAAAUGAUCAGCUCGUUAUUCAGCCAUUUCAGAGCUUGAUAACGAGCUGAUAAUUUGAAUCAGGUGUGGGGCACCAAAAUUGACACAAACUGAAAGUUCCUGACAGGAGCUUAAAAAGAAAAUUAAAAAACAAAAAAACUUUUUACUAAUUACAAUGACUUGGACCUUAUUUAGGCUCAAAUUUGUAUACAUGUGUCUUAUAUAAAGUGUAAUGAAAUAUUUUGUAGUAAUUAGACAAAAAAAGUCAAAUCUUACUGCUUAUUUUAGCAAGAGGUAUACAGGUAUUAUGGGGACACAUAUAUCAUUAAGUGAUUAAAGCUUCGCCCCAAUCUUUUAAUUGGGCACAGGCAACUGCAAACGUAUCUCCACUCGCUGGUUAAGCUCAGAGGUUAUGUGAGGAAUUUUUAUCUGGUUAUGAAACCGAGUGAAACUAACACUAAUGACCUUACGCGAUUAACAAAAGCAGACAAAACAACCCUAAAAAAAGACAGAUAAUAUUUGUCUGUAACAGGGACAGAGUGGGAACCACAAAACUAUUUCACAGGAUGGAGGGUAGAUGAGGUCUUGCACUGAAAUAAGUUGCACAUGCAUGCCAGAGUGGGAUAAGUCAAGUUAACUUAUCCCGCAAAAGUACAAAUUGCUCAGCUGAUCCGUUUUGUUCACAAUCAACUUUAUUUAAAACAGCAGUGAGGUAAUAUUUCAUUACAUAACCGGAUUUCAGGGCAGCUUUUGUGCUUUUUGACGCCUCGAUAUUCACGUUUCAAAACAUCAGUCCUCUAUCAUUCAAAGAGACCCUCCCCCUGACCUCUGUCGCUCUGUGGAUGAACACGACGUUUACAGCGGCGAAUCAACACAACAACAAGAGGCCGCAUCUCUGCUUUAUAGUUCCCUCUCUGCAUCUCCAUCUCCGGUUGUAACAUGGGGCUUAUGUGUGGGGGCGGGGUCAAAGAGGCUCAGUCUGAGGGAUUAUCAUUGUACUCCGCUCAACCACACAAACACACACACAUGCAAGUGCACACACACACGUGCAAAGACAAUUUAGGCUGAAUUGGACGACUGCUGAGAUUUUUCAGUAUUAUCAACCCCACCCCCACCUUUACACCAGCGCACACCCUGAGCAAAAAGGGCUUAAAGCUCCAUCAUACAUCGCCGAGUCUCAGAGUGAGUCAGGAGACCACCGAGGAUACGUGGAAGGAUCAAAACAUCAUUAACAUCACCUCCUGCAGCAGAUCUACUCUAAUACUGUCUGGAUGCUGUAACAGAGGAGGACACAACACCACAGAGGCCCACAGUGUGUGUGAGUGUGUGUUUGUGUGUGAGACUUAAGUGGAGCAAAGGAGAUGAGAUCUUAGUGGACACCGGCCAGUGGAUCCAGCUCAGAUGGAGGGAGAGACGGCCUCUCUAAGCGGCGCCAGAGGAGGGAAGAGGAGCGAGAGGGUGUGCUCACGAGAGGAGAGGAAGAGGAGGAAGACGUUUUUAGUGGAGGAAGGCCAAACCGGCGUCCAGCAGAAGCUCCCUGCGUGCUCCUCGGGGUCCAGCGUUUCCCACGGUAUCCACCUCUGAAUCAUUGUGACUGUGCUGGGAGAGUGACGGGGAGGGUUACAUAACAGUGAUUGAAAGUGAAAUUACAGCGUCUUACUGACAGUUUGAAUUGUUGGGACGUGAGCUGGUCUUCCUUUGUUUACAUGUGUCUGUGUCAUAAUGCUGACAGUGUGUAUUUGUGUGUGUGUGUGUGUGUGUGUGUGUGUGUGUGGGUUUGAUUGUUGAGUCCAGCUGUGUUGUGACCUCAUUAGCCUGAUUUCUGCCACACAUGCACGAACAGGCGACGCUAAAGAGCUUAUUCCUCUCUCUGUUGGCAAAGAAAGGUGAACUUUAAAUGAGCUUUCAGGGAAAAAUUUAAAGAGUAAAUGAAACAAAAACUUAAAAUUUUGAAGAGGAGGGACCGUGCUCAUUAUUUACAGUUCAACAAAUUCUCAUAUUUCAGUCUGCUGUCUGGAAAACCUUUGAAAACUGAGCAUUCGGGAAGCCUCCUUCACUGUUGCCAUGUUACAAAGUUGUGUUUCUUUUGACUAAAGAGCAAAUUUGUCUUUUUAAGGAGAUUCACUGUCUGGUAGUGUCAUGAUUUGAUCUCACACUGAUCUUGCUGAAUUCUCAUGUGACUUUUUAAACAAGCCACCCAGAGCUUCCUGUUAUCCUAUCUGAAGAUGACUUUAACUCACAUUAGUCCUCUAGUCUGAAACUUUGCACAUGUAUAGCGCCUCCUCUGUAAUUGUUUUUUUUUUUUUUUUUUUUUUCCAUUGGGCCUCUUAAAGUUAAGGAGACAGUUGCAAACAUAGACUGUAUUUAGAAUAGACAGCAUCUGCCUCCUCGCUGGGAGAAGCCACUCCGAGAACAGCACCCUCUGGAGACUGGCUGCAGUAAAGGUCAUAAAUCCCGCCUCCUCCAGCAAUCCUUAUAGGGCUGUGGACAAACUUUAGAAAUUUACUACACAGAAUAUACAUUUUUUGCCCCUCUGCUUGCAAUGUUGACAUGUAGUUAUUGUAAGACUGGUUUUUGCUCAAGUCCUCUUUUUUCUGUGAAGCUCCGUUUUAAAAAGUUAUUAGGCGGUUCAUGUUUUCUGUGAUUGACACUUGAUACAGCCUAUGGGCGUACGAAGAUUGCAUAGCUCACCCGGGGGAUAUGCUGUUUGAACCAAGCGUCAUCACAGCGACUCUCCCACCGAAUGCGUACAAUGCUACUGUGCAAUGUUGGUUUCAGGAAGUGGAGAAUAAACGUGGAAUUACCAAGAGCUUUUCGGCUUCAAAUCCGUAUAAUGGCGGAAGGCGGAGCUAAGUUGUCCAUAGUACUAACAAUCUAUGGUUUCAUACAUUUAUUUUUGUUAUUUUUACAGACAAACGCUAGUUUAACAAGCACGUCUGGAGGAUGCAGUGUCAUUGAAAACAUAGAAAAUAUAUAAUUCUGGUAAAAAUUCAUGUCAUGCAAUCAUUUAUCAAUCUGUAUCUUACUUAAUUUUUGUCUAUUAAAAUUUUCAUGUGCAGAACAUGUUGAUUAACAAUGAAGGUCACAAUAGACACCUCCCUUACCACACCCACCCUCGCCCUUAAGAGGCAAAUGUGAAGGUAAACAACAAAGGCUAUAUAAGAGUACAUAUCACCAACAUGUAUAAAUCUAUACAGUGAUUGAAGAGACAGAAAAUCAGGUGAACAGAUAAAGUAGGAGAACUAUUAAUAAUAAUGAACUGUAUAAUACUAGAAUUAAAAAGAAAAAAAAAACAAAUUAAAUAAACAAAUAAUUAAAUUAGAUAAGAAAUAAACUGAUGCAAAGAUUUCUGUUAUCUGCCCAGUAUUACCAGAUAAAAGUGACAGCAUUUCUCACCAAAUCCCAAAACUGACAUCUCAUUCAUACAAGGCUCAAGCAACAAAAAAAGACCAACAUCUCAAACUAGUGUUAAAGAUCUGACACGCGACAAAUACGGACCGAUCAAUGUCUAUCUAACACAUUAUUUUCCUGUCUUGUCCUUAGAUGACCGUAGCUCAGCAGCGAGCGGUCUGGAUGUCGCGGACAGACUGACGUACCUGGAGCAGAGGAUGCAGAUGCAGGAGGAUGAGAUCCAGCUGCUGAAGCUCGCACUGGCUGACGUCCUGAAAAGACUCAACAUCUCCGAGGAGCAUCAAGCUGCAGCUGCUGCUGCUGCUUCUGCAGGAGGGAGGAGAACAACAGGUGCUAAAGGUGAGAGAGGUUUGAAUUCUUGACUCUGACAGGGGGAUUUAAGAUGUAAAAACAUGCACAGCAGCAUCAUGUAGUCCUCUGAUGGAUUAUUGAUGCUGCAAAAAAGUAGACACGCUAGUCUCUUUCACUGUGACUCAGAGCUAUUUUCAACUUUUAUCGAAGAAUUUCUCUCAGCUCUGGUGGGAUUUCAAAGGAAGCUCAAAUAUGCACUUAAGUGUAACUGCAUGACUCACCAAAACCAACAUUUUCCCUCUCCAAAUGAAGAGUGAAUCAAUGAAAAGAUCAAAAUGAGAGAUUCUCUUAAUGCAAAACCAAGUUGCCAAAUGGUCCUGUCUUUUAUGUGGAUUCAAAAAAACUUAAAAUGCGUUUUUUACGUCUUCCUACUUCCUGAAGUUGUUUUUACUAAAGUUGCAUCCUUCUAAUUUCCCAGGCUGUCCAUUUUUUUUAGGCCACUCACCUUCAACCACCUCAUCUUGAAAAGCCAAAUUUAGUCCAAGGCUUUCUAUUUGUAUUCAUAAAGCUUAAAGAUGCUGAUGUUUAAUUUUUUGAGAGGAGACAAACAGAAUAGUGUACUUCACACAGUAACAAGAAACAAGAUUAACAUGCUGGAAAAAUUAAAAACAUGUCAGUCCUGUAGGCUGAUGAACACUUUACAAUAUAUUUAUCAGACCAAGUAUUGAUGCAGAUUAAUGUUUUCUGCAGAUUUUGAUGCUAAAAUGGUCUAUUCUGCAUGUGAUGACUCAUUUCUUGAGAGAUAUGUUGCUGCUGUGUCCCUUCACGGUGGUUUUAGGCUUUUGUUUUGCUGUUGAAGGUCAUAGAUACAUCAGGGUUAACUUAAGUGUGUUUCACAACCUACUAAAAACUUUUCACAGGAGCUUUAAGUAUUGAUAAUCAGGGUCAAAAAUAAACCUUGCCCUGAGAGUUCAAUUCUUUAUAUGUGUAGAUACAUACACGUGUCAUUUUGUCAGUUAUUAUUAUUGUUGUUGUUAUUAUUAUCAUUAUCAUUAUUAUUAUUAUUAUUAUUAUUAUUAUUAUUAUUGUUAUCAUUAUUAUUAUUAUUAUUAUUCUCAUCACUAUUAUUAUUGUUAUUAUUAUUGUUAUUACUAAUAAUAAUUUAGUCAUGUUUUUUACCUUUUUUCAUAUUCAAUAUACCCCCAUCUUUUCAUUAUUACCCUUAUUUCACCUUAUCUUAUUUUUUUAUUUAUGCAUUUAUUUCUCUUCCUCUUUUAUCUGACCUCUAUCCAUCUUCUCCUUUUUCACCAUCCUGAUGUGAUGCCGUCAACCACCCGCCAAUCUUUAACUGUGCUUUUUUUUAACUGUCAAUUUUCCUUUGUCCGUUUCUGCCUUUGUUUGCUUCUUCUUUGUAAACAGCUAUAUAAAUAAAGUUAUUCUUUCAUUAUUCUUAUUAUUUACAUACAGCUAAAUCAUAGUUCAUGCUGUCUGUGUCGUGUGUCUGUCCGUGCAGCGAGGCCUGUGUCCCUGGCUCUGCCCUCCAGAGCCCCGAUGGUGACCUCCAGCUCUGCGAAGAAGAGCUCCACGCUGCCCUCUAGUUCUACAGCCAGGAACUACAGCCCCACACCGGCCCUCAGGUAACACUCACUGCUGCUGCUUUCAUGUGAACACAAUAAAAAACAAAUAAAGAAUAUAUUUGAAAUAAUCGUGAUAUGUUUUCAGAGCUGGACUGGAUUUCUGUUGACAGGAAACCAAACACAGAAAAGCAACGAAGGGAAAAUAAGAGAUAACAGUUGUCCUUUUAUCAUGAAAACAUACGGAGCAGAGAAAGCGGUAUUGCUCACAGUGUUAAUGGAAGAUGUUUCAAAUAGCACUUCAGCCUCAGAUCUCGGCUCAGCAGCUCUGAUUAUAACGUGUAAGAGAAACAAGCAGGCGUCCUCCAUUAUCACAGAAACCGCAUGCAUGGAUACUCAAUAAUUAUCACAACCCUCAGCUUUAUUUCAGGGCGAUAAAGCAGAAGAGCUCUCAGCACACGUCCUCCUCUCAAUUACCUUUAAAUGACACUGACAUUAAAAAGCGUUAGUGUGAGAGCAGCGUGGUGGUUUCUCUUAUGUGUUUUAUCACGGGUCUGCUGAUCGUUAAAGAGUUAGAUCUCCUCUCACUCAUAGACAUAAUGAUAAUCAUCAUUAUCUCACCUUUCACUCAUUCGCUUUUAAUCACAUUUUAAACCAAAGUGCUGAGCAGACAAAACGACAAAACAAGAAAUGAGCAGGAGUGGGUAGAAGCAAAGAGAAAGAGAUGAAAACAUCCAUCGGAGCUGAACUAAGAGACCUCAAACUUGUGCUGAUUUUGGCAACAUGAGGUGAAUUAAACUGUCAGAGCUUGAGGCGUAACAAUCAAAAGCUUAUAGAGAUGGGAUCUUACAGAGUGGUUUUCCCUUUUUGCAGCAGUGUGAAGAGUCCACCUGGUAGCGUGAAGGACAGCCCGUGUAAGACGUCCAGAUCACGACCCAGCUCUGCAGCCUCCACCAGCAGGAAAACUCAGGAGGGGUGAGAAGCUUUGAUUACAUCUGUAAAAACCUCCGCACACAAGGCACCUUUCAUUUCUUUGUUGUUGUUUGAAAUGUUUUCUCACAAAACCCAAAUUUGUCUCUAAAAACGCGGUUAAAGUCCAGUUUGUUUUCUUUCCGUGUACAAAUCUUAAUAAAACCGUCACAUGUGUACAUUUCCAUUGAUUUUGGGGCCACCCAGUUAUUCUUGGAUGAUCAGGUUGGAAUUGAAUCUCUCUAAAUCAAAUCAAGGGUAUUUUCCAACCUCAAUAUCCUGCUUUACAUGAAGAUGAAAAAAAACCAAACCGCAGAGUAUUACGCCCAGAGCAGCAUACGUGGUGUUUAACUGUUUAGUCAAACUGAAACUGACAGUGUGGAUGCUGUGAGGAUGAAUCUGUCAUUUAAGGACUUUCUCUUUAUGUCACUGUGUCUCUUUUGUCUCUAAAUCAAUCGCUUUCUCUCUCAUUACAGCAGCAGUAAGUCAAAGGAGGCUGCAGUCCCUGUAGGUAAGAUCUCUCUCUCUCUCUUUGCUUAUAUCCCAGACUGUAUCUGGCAGUGUUCAGCCUCUUAGAAAGAAUGUGAAACAGCUGCAGAGUAAGCCUCGAUUUAAUAACACACACACACAAACACAUUAGUGAUUUAGUCAAAAGUGACAUAACAGUAUUUGCUGCACUUAGUGAAAAUGAAUGGGGCCUUUUUUUGUUUGUGUGUUUGUGCAGGGUCGAGGCGUGUGACACACUGCAAAGGUAGGAUUCAUCCCUAACCACAUAUUUUAUCCUCAUUGUCGAUGGGGUGCCAUUUGUGCCAAAAUUACAUUAACCGUGUGUAAAGUGUGUAUUGUGUGUAUUUUAAUCAUGCACUUUAAACUCACAUCUGUCCAUCUAAUUGAACUGAAUUGUUUUGCAUGUUGUCCUGAUGUGUUAACCUAAUGUUUUCCCCCGUCACUGGACUGUCAUGAAUGUUGACGUGUUCUCAGACAACAUAUGAGGAGAUCAUACAUCAUACAUGCUAUGUGAUUUACAAAAACUUAGGUAAUUCAGGCCAAUUAAAAACAUGAAUGAAGCUGUUUAGAUGUUUUUCAAGUGAAUUAAGUUGAUUAUUGAGAUUGAGUUUUGUCUAAUAAGUGAGUACUUGUAGGUGUGUCAGUGAGAUUUUUGUGGUGUAAGAUCCUACUUAAAGGGAUAUUCCAGGGUAAAAUUAAUUAAGGGUCAAACACACCGUAACACCGAGUUAGACACCCCCUCAAGAGAUGAAUGUUGCUGACUGCUUGCUUCUCUAGUUACAUCAACUUUAGUGACGACCACACGAUAGCAAUACACAGCAGUCUGAGGAGCCUUAAACAAACCUCAACAAAAAAGCCACUCUAUAGCCACAAAUAAUGCUCAGAACAGCACCUAACUUCAUCAACAGUACAUAUAGGGUCCUUGCCACAGCACUAGCCACCAAACAUCUUCUUAGCUUUGCCUGAUUUCUUUCGCAAAGAGACUAAACACAACUCACCUACCCUCUUCCAGCAGUCGCUUAUUUGUAGCGAGACCUCGGGCCAGUCCAUUGAGGACUACAGUGGGGUGACACAGCUCAAGGAAGAACAUUUAUGAUUAUUUCUUUAUCAUUUCCUUGAAGAAAUAAACAUCAUAUUAAUCUUUUUGCACUGCAGACACAGUAGUUCUUCUGCCUUUGCGUCUCAGUCUGAUUGCAUUUCCAUGAAGAAAUGAUCAUAAAUGUUCUUCCUUGAGCUGUGUCACCCCGCUGUAGUCUGUAAUGGACUGGCCUGAGGUCUUGCUACAAACCAGCGGCUGCUGGAAGAGAGAAGUUGGGUGCUGUUCUGAGCAUUAUUCUUGGCUAUAGGGAGGCUUUUUUGUUGAGCGCGUGGGUCUCUGUAUUGCUACCGUGUGGUCGUUACUAAAGUUGGUAUAACCAGAGAAGCAAGCGGCAACAUUUAUCUCUCGAGGGGGUGUCUAACUCGGUGUUACGGUAUGUUCAUUAAUUUUAUGCUGGAAUAUCCCUUUAAGCACAGAGGACAGCAUAAGCUAGGACUGUUUUGACCACAGGGGGUGCCAAAACUGACACAAAACAAACUUCCUCACAGAAGCUUUAAGUCUUUAAAUAAGACAGUUCAACACUGUUACAUUGUCAGACAGAAAGGUAGUGCAUAUUUUUUGGCACAAAUGGCUCCCCAUAAAAAAUACCCCUUUAUGUAUUUAUCAUCACAGGAAGUACACAUGUCUGACAAAGAUGAGAGCAUUGUGUUUGAGUUAUUAUUUUUUAUCCAUCCUUCAUUUUCUUCACACCUCACCAUGACUCGUGUGUCUUCCCCUCGCCUCUUCACCACCCGUCGUCUCUUUGCCCCCCUCUUCAUCUCUUUAAACAUUCACACUAUCUACUCACCCUCCUCACCUCACUUCACCACUUCACUUAGUGACUAUGCAGAUUUAUCUGAGCCCCCUCACAAGAAAGACUGGGUCUUCUGAGUCCGCCAAAUCUGCUGCCUCGGUGUCUGCCAGCAGCGGGUCCACGGCGACGCCCAACAACCCCCAAACAAAAGGAGGCGACAAGCCAGAGGCGAGGAAAACAACCCCAUCCUUCACCUUGAACCUGCAGAAAACCACAACCAGCCAGAACACGACGCAGGACUCGUCCAACUACAACAGCCCACUCAAAUCGCCCAGCCAGUACUUUCAGAUUUGUUACUAA